AUGACCAGAUUCUUAAUCCCGAAAGCCGUUUGGGAAACCAUUGCGAUCGACUUUAACGGUCCAUAUGCAAUCUUUGGGGGUAUCUAUAUUUUGGUGAUUGUAGACUACAGGUCCCGUUAUGUAAUAGCUAAACCAGUAAAAUCGACGAAUUGUGAUUCUGUAAAAAGGGUGCUGGAUGAAAUAUUUAAAAGAGAAGGUUUCCCUCGGUCGAUCAAAUCGGAUAACGGUCCUCCGUUUAGUAGUGAAGAGUUCAAAAGAUAUUGCUCCCAAAGAGGUAUUCGGAACAUAUUCUCUACUCCGCUUUUUCCUCAGCAGAACGGACUGGUUGAAAGCUGUAUGAAGCUUAUCAACAAAGCGAUGAUUGUCGCGGUUUCAAACCAGUCAUCUUAUGUGGAGGAGCUCCAGUUGGCAGUUGAGGCUUACAAUUCAGCUGCACACUCAAUCACCGCCGUCCCUCCCGAAGAGUUGAUGUCAGGGCGUAAAAUACGCAGAGGUCUUCCCUUGUUGCAAUACGCCAAGGUCAACCAUGACGACGACGCGAUUGAUAAACGCGAUACGGCUGCGAAACUGAGGGUAAAAUGCCUAGAGGAUAGCAAACGAUCUGUGAGAGAAUGCCGAAUUAAGGAAGGCGAUGUUGUCAUAACGCAGCCACAGGCCAGAAAGAAAGGGGACGCAAGAUUUUCAACGACUCGAUAUACGGUUGUUAGUGAAGAAAAGGGCAAGCUCAUACUGACAGACGACCAGGGUAAUAAUCUAUCGCGACACGUUUCACAGGUCAAAAGAGUGGGACAUUGGCGUCAACCUUAUCGGAAAGACGCUUCUACGGAGGAGCUAACAAGAAGCUCGGAGGAACUCGAAACAAAUGUUCCGGGAAACUCACGUGCUACGAGAGAAAGAAAAGCGCCGGGUUAUCUAAGCGAAUACGUUUUAGUCGUGGAGCAGAGACCGAGAAAUUUGCUUUGGGAUGAGGAUGAAGAUCGAUUUUGGGACCAAGAGUUUGUCAAUUUAGCUGAACAAUACGAUGAUGAACGCGCGACGUUUGCAGACCUAAAAAUUCGCCUUUGGGAUGAACAGUCAGAGGAAGGGAGUGAUCACUAA